AUGGCCUCUAUGGAGAGGAAACGUGAGAUCGCCAGCCCAUUCACCCCAAGGCGCUGUGCUCUGAGGAAAACAAGUGCAGAAAUAGUCAGCGAAGCCAGACAGUCCCUACGAACCCUGUGCACCCAGCGGCCGUUUACUCCAAAAGAUGGACACAGGCAACUGUUUGGAGGGAGCUCUGUUCGUGCAAAUCAUGACGGCAGGCCUCCAUCUACUUUCAGCAUCCAUGCUCGAAAUUUUGAUGCUCCUGACUCUCGGCCGGGUUCAGGGACUCGCCUCUCCCCUCUAGACCACAAGGUAAAGCUUCCAGUCCCAUUCGAUGCUGAGGGUCAAGUCAAGGCUCAUCCCAAACCCCCCAGUGACCCACUUGACGUGAAAAAGGGGGUGGCAGGGGCCCGAGCUCGCCUUCUCAGGGCUGGAUCUCUGAAUACAUUGCCUCCCGUGGAGCGACACAGAGACGCAGAGGAGAGAUUAAGUCCAGGCUCAGAACAAAAGCAGCAGUCAGCUAAAGGAAAGGACAGGAGACCCCCCAGUACAGACCACACGGAGAACCGUGGUCCCCCCAAACCUGGCCCACGCAGAGCAGCAAGUGAAAGCGGGUUAACUCAGCCUGAUGUUGACUCAGCCAUCAGACUAACAGAGUGGGGAGCAGGACCGAGAACAGAGCACGGGAAUGGAGACGGAACUGCAAGUGUGGAGGAGGAUGCAGAGUCAUUGGUCUGGAAAAAUAAAAUUGUUCCUCUUCUGCAAGAGCUGGGGUCUGCGUCUACAACUGGUGAUGGCAGAACUGAGGGCUCAGUGGAUCGUUUGUGUGAUUUGUGCAGCCGUCUCCACGGCAUCCUGGCAGAGCAGGACAUGCUCGGCCGACGCUGCAAGAAGAGGGUAGGGAUACUCCGAACGCUCUUCCGCCUCAUCGACCUUAACUCUGACCAGCUCAACGUGCACAUCGCCAAACUCUGCCUUGCUCUGUGUGUCAGCGGAAACAACCUGCUAAACAUCUGUAAACUCAUCUACAAGGUCAGCUGCAGUGAAAGCAACGACGUCCUCUUCCAGAACAACUCCAUCAUAGACUCUCUGCUCGCCGUGCUGAGCAGUGAGGAUGUGUCUGCGUCUGGGGAAGCUCUGCUCUACUGCGUCGCCACUCUGAAAUUUCUCUCUGGAAACAACGCGCUCCUCAGACUCCUAUUGGCCAAGAACUGCAUUGGUGUGUCCCAGCAGCUCAUCCAGAGGCUCCACACACUGUCAGUGCAGGGAGACGCCGCCCAAACCAUCGCAGGGCACAUCCAUGUACAGCUGACAGCAACCCUGAGGAACCUCGCCGACCACCCAGAGUCUCGCCCCCUCUUCGUCUCCCACGCUGUCCUAUCAGAGCUUUGCGUGGUGCUGCGACAUCACCGGGAGGACCAGGACAUCUGCACCAACAUUGCUAGAAUAUACAGCAAACUCUCUUCUUACUCGGAGUGCCGCCUGGCGCUGGCCCAGACCCCCGGCUGCUACCAGCUAUUUAUAGAACUGCUGAGCAAACACCAGCCGAAACAGGAUCUUGUCGUGCGCCUCCUUUUCACCCUUGGGAACCUCGCCUCCAAAAGCGACGAGGCGCGGGAGCAGCUAUUCAGGUGCGGCGGCUGCUUGGACACACUCCUCCAGCUGUACCGCAGCUACCAGCCAAGGGACAGCUCGCACACACACACAGAAAAACACCCCGAGUCCCCCGACAAGCCUCGCGCUCCUCCAGCUAAUUUGCGGGAUGAGGAGGACGUGCUGGUGAAGCUGGUCAGGGUGCUGGCUAACAUGUGCAUCCACCGUGCCGUGGGCCCGGCGCUGGCCGCCAACACGACCUGCGUCCAGCUGCUGGUGGAGACGCUGGAGCUCAGGUCCUUGCCAGAGAGUGAGGAGCUGCUGGUGAACGUGGCUGCCACCAUCAACAACCUGUCCUUCUACCAGGUGGAAAACUCUGCGGUCCAACACAACCAGCUCAUCAUCGCCAAGCUGAUGUUAAAGUUGCUGCUGAGCUCCAGUAUGGACGCAGUGCUCGAGGCCACGCGCGUCUACGGAAACCUGUCACAGUCCAAGGACGUGCGGGACUUCAUCAUGCAAAAUAAAGUGUACCGCUUCGUGGUGACCCUGCUGGACUCUAAAAGCACCGAGGUGUGUUACUCAGCCUGUGGCGUCCUCACCAACCUGGGCCUGGACCCUCCCAGCAGGGCCACGCUCUCACUAGAGGGGGCUGCUGCCAAGCUGGCAGACUGUCUCAGAGACUUGGGACCAGGGGAUUGGCAGCUAGCAGGGCAGGUUUGUCAGACCUUAUGGAACCUGACAGAGCAGGGCGGCUCGGAGAGGCUGCUGGAGAGCGAGGAGAGAGAGGCGCUGCUGGAGAUCCUCACUGCUUUCUUAGAUGAAGAAGCUCUGCAGGAGAGCGCAAGCAAUGACAUGAGGGACUUCCACAGGGAAUGCUGGGAGUUGGAGUUCCUCCCUGUGGCUCAGAAACUGAAAAACAGGCUGCAGCCUCAAGACUGAGAGAAACAGUUUCCUGAUGUAAUGACGUUUGCACUGCAGACUGCAAUUCAACUUUUUUUUACAUUGUUAAAAACCAAGAUUAACUGCUGGCAUGGUCCUCGAGGUCUGCAAACAUUUUAUGACCCCCAAGCCUGAGGUUAAUCUGCACUGAAAUGGUGAACAUGACAAUUAUCUGCUUUUUCCCCUCAUUUCUGGACAUUAUGUUGGUGAGGUCAAAGCAACACACUGGCAAGAACUUUGCCCCUAGCAUGCACUCAAAUGCUUCCUUGUCUUCUGCACACCUUAGUUUGCACUGUUGUUCCUGUGUUGUUGUUCAAUGUCCUUCCUUUCUACAGCAUUUUACUUUUCAUGUCCACAAUUCUGUAAAAUGUUGCAAUAGUUCUAGUUUCUGAGCCUUUCCUUUAUAAAUACAGGGAUAAUUUAAGAUAAGCUCUUUGCACAUUGAAUCACCAGACAUGACCUCUGUUUUGUAAGUUUUCUCGUGUUGUAAAUGUGCUUUUAAGAUAUUCUUGUCUUGGACACAAAUGACUAAGCUGGAAUUUACCUCAUAAACAAAUGUUCUAUCAUCGGUGGACUGUGUGGCGUUUGGUGACCUGUGCUCUGUGAAACUUGUAGAUAA